GACAGUUUUACGAGAAGGAAGGAAUAUACCAAAAGAGAGUUCCCUGGAGGGGAGCAGAGAGGACAUACACAGCCAGAUAGUACAAAAUAGGAAGCACGGACCCGUGUGCUGCAGCUUUAAGACUCCGAUACACGGCCGCUUUCUGAGCUAGGGUGGAGGGCUCCUCUCGGCGAGAAAACCCUGGAAAAGAGGGAGGAAGUAAGAAAACGGAGGGGGAGGCGGAAGAAGAGGUGGAAAGAGCCGAAGAGUGAGGAGAGCGGCAGUGACAGGACAAGGAUGGGGCUGGCAUGGCCCACCUCUGCCCACUGCCUGUGCCUACUGUCCACCCUGAGCCUCAUCCUGCUAGUCAACUGCACCACCCAGCAUGCAGACGGUCUUUCAAAAAUAUCAUCUAAUCUAAAAAUGGAUCAAGCUCUUCUGCUAAUUAACAAUAAUUUGCCCCAUGAGAAGUUUAUUGUUUAUUGGCGUUCCGACCAGUGUUACCAGUGCCUGUAUCAAACUUUAGUUAUAUCAUACCAACGGAUAGAACGUGCUAGUGAUGUAACUGUAGUAGAUACUCGACAUCCAAUGACACUGCAAAUUAAUGCCACCUCAGGGAAAACAGAGCUCUGUCGAAUUCAUUAUAGGUUUAGAGAAUUUGGAAACUACUCCUUGUGGGUGAAGACCAACCAUUCGAGUACCAAAGAUGUAACGUGUGAAAUAAUUAUUAAUCAGAACCCUGGUUACACUAACCUUCCCAUUGUCAUUGCAUUUUUUAUAUACGUGGCCAUCUUUAUAUUACUGUCUCUGGGAUCAUUUUUGUUUAGGCUGACUACUGUACAGAAUUGGCUAUGCAAGCAGAUUAACCCUGUUGAAACUGACCGACUCAUCAACUCUGAGCUUGGUUCCCCUAAUAGGGCUGAUCUAUGUCAGGACGCACAUUACGCUACCUGGAAUAAUGUUCCCCAAAGACUCCGCUCCCUUGACACAUUUAGAGGGCUUUCUCUUAUAAUCAUGGUCUUUGUAAAUUAUGGUGGAGGAGGCUACUGGUUCUUCAAGCACCAGAGUUGGAAUGGUCUGACAAUAGCUGAUCUGGUUUUUCCAUGGUUUGUCUAUAUGGGAACUUCUAUCCAUUUGUCCGUGAACUCGAUGCUACGCAAAGGAAACUCCAGAUGGAAACUGUUUUGGAAAGUUCUUUGGAGAAGCAUUCAGCUUUUCCUUAUUGGAUUGUUUGUGAUAAAUGAAAAUUACUGCCGUGGACCAUUAUCCUGGAGUGAUAUCCGAAUUAUGGGUGUUCUUCAGAGGCUCAGCCUUACUUACCUUGUGGUUUCAGUUUUGGAAUUACUGUUUACAAAGCCUUUACCAGAUCCCAUGCCCCAGAGCCGCACAUGUUUCCUUUUACAAGAUGUGGUCUCUUACUGGCCUCAGUGGCUGAUAAUAUUGGUUCUGGAAGCAGUCUGGCUAUGUUUGACUUUCUUACUUCCUGUGCCCGGAUGUCCCACGGGUUAUCUUGGACCAGGAGGUAUUGGUGAUUUUGGAAAAUAUCCAAACUGCACAGGAGGGGCAGCUGGUUACAUUGACCGCAUAGUUCUUAGUGAAGAUCAUAUGUAUCAACAUCCAUCUUCUAAUGUGGUCUAUAAAACAAAAAUGCCUUAUGAUCCUGAAGGAAUAUUAGGAACUAUAAAUUCAGUGGUAAUGGCAUUUCUUGGACUCCAGGCUGGGAAAAUUCUUGUGUUUUACAAGAAUCAACACAAGCAGGUGCUGGUGAGGUUCUUCACAUGGGGUGUAUUCAUGGGUGUCCUUUCUGCAAUUUUGACUAAAUGCUCAACAAAUGAAGGUUUUAUUCCGGUGAACAAAAACCUCUGGUCCAUCUCCUAUGUGACGACGUUAAGUUCUUUUGCUUUCUUCCUGCUGAUGGUGAUUUACUUUCUGGUGGAUGUAAAAAGGGUUUGGAUGGGUGGCCCAUUUUUCUAUCCAGGGAUGAACUCUAUUCUUGUUUAUGUUGGCCAUGAAGUCUUUGAAAACUAUUUUCCGUUCAAGUGGAAGAUGCAAGACAAUCAAUCACAUGGACAGCACCUUACCCAGAAUCUUGUAGCUACUUCUAUUUGGGUCCUGAUCGCAUAUAUCCUGUACAAGAAGAGGAUAUUCUGGAAGAUUUGAUCUGUCAUCAAGAACUGGACCAUACAGUAAUAUCUACCUGGCAUCAAUUUGUGGAUUUUUUUUUUUUAUGUCUUUCUCAUUACAUAAGCCACUAUAAAAGGGAAAACACUUAUUUUAUAAAGUUGUCUGUGGCCUCCGCAGUUGAAUUCAUGUAUAAACUAAAAUGCGAGCAAACACUAAUGAUGCAAGUUUAUCUCCAGUUGCACCUUUUUAUCCUUUAGCCAGACCUGGAGCUGUCUACUUUUCCAAAAAUGUAAAAUGUUAUUUUUAUGAUUUUAAAAUAUUCUAUGAAUGGGCAUGAAGCAGUCCAUUUAAUAAACAGUGGUUCAAGUCUGGAA